AAGCGCCAACUAACCCCACGACAACACAGAUUGCACCAGAAGACCCGACACAGCAGUCUUCUGAACAACCGCAAUCAUGGGUAUCUCACGAGACUCUCGUCACAAGCGUUCCGCGUCCGGUGCGAAGCGCGCAUACUACCGCAAGAAGAGGGCUUUCGAGAAGGGCCGCCAGCCUGCCAAUACCCGUAUUGGCACUAAGCGUGUCCAUCUUGUCCGCACCCGUGGCGGCAACCGCAAGUUCCGUGCUCUUCGUCUCGAAGCCGGCAACUUUUCCUGGGGAUCAGAGGGCAUCGCUAAGAAGACCCGUGUCAUCGGUGUCGUCUACCACCCUUCCAACAACGAGCUCGUCCGUACCAACACCCUGACCCGCUCCGCUAUCGUCCAGAUCGAUGCCGCUCCUUUCCGACAAUGGUACGAGGCCCACUACGGCUCUUCGCUCGGCCGCAGGAGGCAAGCCAAGGCCGGCGAGAAGGAGGAGGACAAGAAGAAGUCAAACUCAGUCACCAAGAAGCAGUCUGAGCGCUUGAAGACUGGCGGCAAGAUUGAGAAUGCUGUCGAGAAGCAGUUCGAGGCCGGUCGUCUGUACGCCGCCGUGUCCUCCCGUCCCGGCCAGAGCGGUCGCUGCGACGGUUACGUGCUCGAGGGCGAGGAGCUUGCUUUCUACCAGCGCCUCCUCAGGAAGUAAAGGGUGAUAUUUGGGGCUUCUUCGGUGCAUUGGUCAGGUCAAAAUGGGUGUUUAGUCAUGUAUCUGGUCUGCAGAAUCGCGCGACACUGAAUGCACUCGGCAUGAUAACGCCACUUCUCUAGAUACCACGAGACUAUGAAUCAUGGGUUUCAAUGUUAUGUGA